AAUAUAUUUUCUAUAUUUCUAUAUAAAUAAUUCAUUUGGUGUUUCAAUAUAUAUUGAAUUCCACCUCAUACUUUAGAAAUAUUUUGUCCACUAGCUGGCACAUGAGGGUGAGGCCCAAAAACGCGAAUAUGAUAGGAUAUUGUAUCUUCCGCCAUUGAGUUCAGUAGCUCCUUCAUUCUUAUUGAUUUGUAUGUAGUAUAUUCAGCCAUGCCCCUCUUUUCUUCUCCAAGCUCAAAAUGCUUUUGGAUAACAUUAAUAGUAUUUUCCCUAAGCUACUAUCUCUUAAUUGCAAAAUCAACCACAUUCCCAACAUCACCACCACCACCAAAACUAUGCAAUAAGAAUCCAUACAAACAACUCAACCUCGUAUUGAACAAAAACGGCAGCGUCAGGCGCGGGUCCAUGCCUCCAGAGAGCCCUCCUGCACCAGAUCCCAACCUCCCCACCAAGGUUCUCUCCAAAGACCUCCCCAUCAACAAAUCAAAGGGCACAUGGGCGAGGAUCUACCUACCCCGGGAAACACUGGAUCAGAACUCCAAGCUUCCGUUACUGGUGUUCUUCCACGGUGGCGGAUUCAUAUUCCUCAGCGCAUCAUCCACCAUUUUCCAUGAGUUUUGUUUCAACAUGGCAAACGACGUCGUUGCGGUUGUUGCGUCCAUAGAGUACCGUCUCGCACCGGAACAUAGACUCCCUGCAGCCUAUGAAGAUGCUGUGGAGGCGCUGCACUGGAUCAAAACUAAUCAGGAAGAAGAUGAUUGGCUGAGGUACUAUGCUGAUUUGUCCAAUGUGUUUUUAGUUGGUAGUAGUGCCGGGGGGAACAUAGCGUACAACGCAGGUCUACGUUUAGUCGCUACUGGUAGUGGUUAUGAUCUAGGAAUUCCCAAGAUCCAAGGGCUUAUAUUAAUUCAGCCUUAUUUUGGUGGGACCCAAAUGACCGGUUCAGAAAUGAGGCUGGCCAAUGAGCCUCAUUUAUCACUUUGUAAUAACUAUGCGUUGUGGGAAUUGUCGUUACCCGUUGGGGCUGACCGUGAUCAUGAGUAUUGUAAUCCCACGGUGGGAGAUGGUCCUAAGAAAAUUGAAAUGAUUAGACGGCUUGGGUGGCGGGUACUGGUGACCGGAUGUGGCGGUGACCCACUUGUGGACCGUCAGAUGGAACUGGUGAAGGUGAUGGAGAUGAAAGGUGUGAAAGUGGUGGGGCAUUUCACAGCAGGGGAUUACCAUGGGGUGCAAGAUACUGAUCCCUUCAAAGCCAAGCAACUAUAUAAGAUGACGGAGAGCGGUUGAGCGCAACGGACGACGGCGAACAGGGGAUGGAGAGCGAACAGGUGACUGAUGAGAGUGAACAGGGGAUGGAGAGCGAACAUGUGACUGAUGAGAGCGAACAGGGGAUGGUGAGAGCGAAAUAACGAACGCUGAUAGCAUGAAGGCAGAAGUUCUUGAGUGCGACGGAGGCGGCAGCAGCAGUCUCUCACUCCGACAGACAGCGACAAGAUUGAGGGAGGCUAGGGUUUGCUUUCUUUUGGUGGAGACUAGGGAAUUUUGCUGAUGACUAAGGAAGGAGUUGGAAAAGGGAGCCAAACGCGUGCAAUCCCUUUUUUCCUUUCAACAAAGGAAACGGCGUCGUUUGUUGUGAAACGGCCGGGUCUCGAUUCGGUUUGAUCGACCAAUUUCUGGCCGGUUCAGCGGUUUGUGUCCGAUUUCUAAAACAACAAUUUAUGCUAAUAAACCGAAUUGCCUAAGCUACCAGUUCGACCGGCCGAUCUGGUCCGGUAUUCAGACCAUUGAUCACAACGCAGCUCAAGAAGGAAGACAUAAAAUUUAUAACAAUAACAAUUCCAUCAAUAAUUCAACAUUCCAACAUACAUAACAAUUAUAUCCAUCAACAAUAACAUAAGUCUCAAUGAAAACAUAAAUCUAAUGACAUAGAACAUAACAUAGUCAUUCAUAAGGUGGCUUUGAGAAGAUGACAACAUUGUCUAGACGAAGGUGGCGAUGUUUGAAACGGAGACACUCGACGGUCGAGACUGUUGGGUCGCCUGUAUCUGGGUUUGUUGCAUCCCUCCCAGCAAGACAGUCUAGUUAAGAACCUAAGAUGCAGAAUCACGGGUGGAGCGGGUUUCAAGGUAGCUUGGGUGGAUUGGGUUUCAUGCGUAUUCUGAUUUUUUCGUUUUGGGUCAACUUUGUUGGCAUCGA